ACGGCAACUCGCCAGCGUCGAAAUCUAGGUGCCAGAAGCUCCUCUGGCCUUUCGAGAACCGUUUGCCGCCUUCCAAUCCGACGAAAGAGCCCGUUUCCCAAGCAUUGGGAGCUGUUGAGAUAGAGGUGACCAGAAUGGCGGCCGAGUCGCUGUUUGCAUCCCAGUACAUCCACGGGAUUUACAUACCCGCGGGCCUGCUUAUCUUUGGGAUGGUGAUCGUGAAGAUGGAGUGGACACCAUAUGCUGCCCUUCUCGCGGUCGUUCUGGGCGCGUUGAAGUUCUAUAACCUCCAGCCGAAGAAGGUCCUGAAGCCGGAUGUCUUCCAAGAGUUUGAGCUAAAGGAGAAGACGGUCAUCUCUCACAAUGUCGCCAUCUACCGCUUCAGCCUCCCAGCGCCGACCUCGAUCCUCGGCCUCCCGAUCGGGCAGCACAUCUCGAUCGGCGCCAACAUCGCGCAGCCGGACGGCAGCAGCAAGGAGAUCGUGCGGUCGUACACGCCCAUCAGCGGCGACCACCAGCCGGGCUACUUCGACCUCCUGAUCAAGUCGUACCCGACGGGCAACAUCAGCCGCGUAAUGGCCGGCCUGGCGGUGGGGCACACGAUCCGCGUCCGCGGCCCCAAGGGCGCCUUCGUCUACACGCCCAACAUGGUCCGCCACUUCGGCAUGGUCGCCGGCGGCACCGGCAUCACGCCCAUGCUGCAGGUCGUGCGCGCCAUCAUCCGCGGCCGCGCCGCGGGCGACCGCACUGAGGUCGACCUCAUCUUCGCGAACGUAACACCGCAGGACAUCCUGCUCAAGGAGGACCUCGACGCCCUCGCCGCCGAGGACAAGGGCUUCCGCGUCCACUACGUCCUCGACAAGCCGCCCGCCGGGUGGACCGGCGGCGUCGGCUACGUCACGGCUGACAUGAUCACGAAAUGGCUCCCGAAACCCGCCCCUGAUGUCAAGAUCUUGCUCUGCGGCCCACCGCCCAUGAUCAGCGGACUGAAGAAGACGACGGAGGCCCUGGGAUACAAGAAGGCCCGGCCUGUCAGCAAGCUCGAGGACCAGGUCUUUGCCUUUUAAGCUCUGGUACCUGGUCUGGGGGGCUUUGUUGAGUAACGGGAGGGGGUGGGGGGGGUUGGGUCAAUUGUGCUGUGAUAUCGCGUGGUUAGUGCUUGGCCCUCGCUGAGAUGACUAUCCGCGAAUGUCAUGAUAAUAAUAUAUGUAAGGGAGUUUUUGUCACGAGAAAAGAGCAUCAGACGGAC